AUGGCUGCCAGUAUUGCGACGGUACUAAUUCAGUGUCUCAAAGAGUUCGCAGAAUCAAUCAGCUCAGGCGCACUUGCACGUUACGAAAAUGAAGUCUCUCAACCUCGCUGGUCAGAUGAAUUGGGUCGACUACGAAUCUGGGCAGGUAAUAUCGGUGCCCAUCAAACUGGCCAGUCCUCGCUGGACUAUCGUCUCCGAGAUGCUUCACACCUAAAGAAUGAGACAGUGAAGAUUCUACAGCGAAUGUUACGGGUACUGCGAGACAUAAGCGAUGUGGUAAACGAAGAGGACGAAGAUCUGAUGGAAAUCGACGAUGCGUUGUUUCCUGGCACUAGCGAUACGGAGGUGGACGACCAGCAUAAUGAGAUGACAGACAUUCAAAUGUUAUACCAGAGUCUGCGGAACAUCAUCAAUCUCUUAUUCCGUAUAUCCAUGGCCAUUCGCAGGCCCGCCGAUCAUGAUCGUCUCAUGGGAAUAAGAAUCAAGAACGCUUCGUUCUUUGAACCUUGGGCCAAGCAGCACGUUUCCCACAAAUUCCCAAACGCCGAGGCCAACAUUACUAGCCGCCUAAGCGCUGCUAUGGCAAGACAGAAAGCAGUUCUAAGAUAUUUCGAGCGACAUAAAGCAAAGCUUAGCAAAGGACUAGUUGCCACAGGAGAAACGGAGUCCAACUAUCUUUCCGAAACAGUGGCCACAGAGAUGGCCGUCUCUGAUGAAGUGGACCAACUCCGGUUCCUGGAAACUAUUUCCACGUCGGAUGUCUCCCAAACUUCAUACGCUUCUAGCAUGUUUACAGCAAAUGAAUCGCUGUCCAUUCCUAAUCCGCCGAGAGAGUCUGCGGAUAAAAACCCAUUUGAAUGUCCAUAUUGUUGUCUUGUGAUCACCAUCAGGAAUACCAAAGACUGGGCCCGCCAUAUCUUCAGAGACUUGAUGCCAUAUGUCUGCUUAUCCCCCGAGUGCAGUACGCCAUCGAAGCUCUAUGGCAGUCGUCAGCAGUGGUAUCAGCAUAUUUGCGAAGACCACUCUGUGCCUGAAAGUCUGCAGAGUGGUUUAAACUGCCCUCUGUGCCAGGUGAGUAUCCAACCACCACUCGUAUUUGAGCGGCAUGUUGGGCAUCACAUGGAGCAAUUGGCCCUAUUUGUUCUCCCUCGUAUGGAUCCAGGUGAACGAGGGCAAUCAGAAGCAUCAUCUGAACAUGGGUCUUUGGCAGUUGCGGCGGAUACUAGUAAUCCUAGUAGUGACUCCGAGGAAAUGGGAUUCCAAAAUGAAUAUCAAUAUCCUUCAACUCGUCCUUUGGUGGAGGAUUUUGGGGCUGAUGAAACCCAUGCCGAGAAAAGAACGGUAGAUCCAGACGCCCCCAAUCCUCCAUAUACCAAUUUAUCUUCCUAUCAUACCGAACGAGGCGGAACAGAAAGCAUAACAGCCCCUUUUCACAACCGGGCCGCCCGUUCACAGGAGGAGAGCCCAGGACAAUUUUUGCGAGACGCUCAGCAAUGGCCUUUCGACAUCUUGCGUUCAAAGCUUGGGUUUCCAGUGUUCCCAGAUGAAAUACCCAACAACACGGAGAAAGAAGAUAUGGAAGUCUAUGCCUCCACACACCCCCAGGAGCGGUUUGACAGAAAUGAACCGGCCUCUCAAAACAGUGGUCGUGUGCCAGGAACAGAAAGAGGUAUGAUUCGCGCAUUAAAACGUCCUUGGGAUAGGCGACAUGGUCGCAACAGUAAUUUAGAUGCAGAGAUGUCUGAAAGUGAUCUUCAAAGUCACCGCACCGAGCGUCAUGGGAAUCCUGUGAGGCGGACUCGAAAAGAAGAUGGAUCUGACAUUGUCUCGCUGGAUAAGAAUGAACAACACCUGCAUAGUCUGCAGCUCAGCCCUUCUUCAAAAGACUCAACUCGUCAACAAUUGAAUGAGAGCCACAAACAAGUGGGAGACGGUGCCCCUGGGUCUUCGUCUGCCAUAAAGCUUGGGGUACUACCGGAAGGAACUAUGGAUCUCCAGUACAGUUAUACCAGUCAAAUUCAAGAGGACGCUGUAUACCAUAAUGAAGAGAAAACAGCCGACAUCCCUCCAGGAGCAAGAUGGACUAAGAUUCAUCGAGGAAUCAUCAAUCCUGCAGCCCUGGAGGCUGGAAAUGAACGCUUCGAAGAGCGCUCUGGCUUCCUCAUAGUCAUGCGAGUUCUGAGCAAAGAAGAGGUCCAAGCUUAUGCUGUAAAAACGCAAGAAAUUCGAGUUGCGGAGAUGGCCCCAAAGUCUACAAUUUGGAACCGCGUUGCAUAA